ACAAAAUUACAGCGCUCAAAGGGUAUUCUUCCAACAAGGAAAUGACAUACAAGUAAUAAACCUAGUGAAUAUUCAAAAAAUACUUUCCUUUCAAUUGAACUUGCAGAAGAAGGACUUGACUCUCGAAGCCGUUGAAGAACAGCAACUGAUCCUUUUUACGAAGUUAUUGAUCAGAAACACAUCUGAAAUGUAAGGUUAUUCUCGCGGGUGUGGAUUUAUCAGUAGAUUUGUGUGCCCGAACAAUGCUUUGUGUAGGCUAUGAACAACACUCAAUUCUGAUCAAAGGGAAUUGACGUUUCUGAUACUUUUAUAAGCAAAUAAUAUAAUAAGUAGGCUACUGUGGUUCAUUUGCGGUGGACUCGAUCCAUUGACGAAUUCGCUCCGAAGUCCAUCCUAUGGUACGCUAAUAUUGUAUUGUUCUCUGCGGCUAGAGCGCCCGCCCAUCGACUCCGAGUGUUUUUUUGUUGUUGUAGCGGAGCAGUGAAAGGAGAUUGAUUUUACGGGACCAGCGUGCGUUUGGAUAGCGCUAUCUCCCCGGAGGAAGAGGACGCUCCCGGAAAUUAAGUAUUUUAUUUACUUUCUCAGCAGAAGGACUUAACAGAUUUAUUUUACGUAUUGAUUCGGACAUCUUGGUGUCGGCAAAAUUCUAAAUAACAAAGCAAGACAUCCACACACAACGCUGGACUUUUCCUGCUGAGGUGGUUUGUCAUUCUACAGCGAAGCGCCUCCGCACAAUCUCCGUCCGAUGAGAAGGAAAGGAAGAAUGGGCAGGGUCGCCUAGGCGUAUUUUAUGGGUGCAUAUCGUCAUUGAUAAUAGGAUAGAUAGCUGAAGGUGAUACAGAGAGAAACGACACCCGAGUCUACCAAGCCCCGCAUCUCUGAGCAGGAUACGGGAGAUAGGUGAGGGUAUCCCAGAGGCAGUGAGCGACAUUCCGCUAUAGCGGAGGGGAUCUCAGUCUCAAGCCAGUACGGCAGGUUCGAUCCCCGGGGGGCACCAGACCUGCCCGUCCGUCGCCCGCACAGGUGGUCGGCUAUAGAUCCCCUAAUUUCAGCCACAAAACAGACUGAAGUUUUGCAUCUCCAGACGGAUUAUAGGAACGGUGUCUGCGGGGAGAGAGAGACGGAAGACAAUGGGCAUCCGCACGCUCCUUAUUGCGUGUGCCCUGCUUGGCGUGAGCGUGGCCCAGAGGGUAGUGACCGUUCAGAGCGGACCGCUGGUACGGACGGAGGGCAGUCACGUGACCAUCUGGUGCAACGUGACCGGCUACAAGGAGGGUGUGGAGCAGGACUUUGAGUGGUCCAUGUACCUGACCUCGGUGCCCGACCGCGAGAUCCGCAUCGUGAGCACGGCCCAGACCAACUAUGCUUACGCGGUGUAUGCCCAGAGGGUCAACAGUAAGGAGAUCUGGGUAGAGAGGCUGACCAGGGACUCAGCCCUGCUCCACAUCACCAAGGUCCAGGCCAGAGACCAGGGGCUGUUUGAGUGUUACACCCCCAACACAGACGGACAGUACCUCGGCUCCUACAGUGCCCGCACCAACCUCACUGUCAUCCCCGACUCCCUCACCGUCACCGCGCCGCCACAGACCCUCUCCCAGGUGGAGGGUGACACGCUCCAGCUCAGCUGUGAGGUUUCCCGGGCGACGGAGCAGCACACACACCUGUCUGUGGGUUGGUACCUGCGUUCCCCUGAAGACGCUUCCGCCCCACCCCUGGAGAUCCUCACCCUGUCCCGGGACUUUGUCCUCCGUGCCGGCGGGCCUUACAAACAGAGGAUGACCUCAGGAGACCUGAGGCUGGAUAAGACCAGCGCUACAUCCUACAGGCUGACCAUCCACCGGCUGCAGCCUGCUGACCAGGGUCUGCUCUACUGCCAGGCUGCAGAGUGGAUCCAGGACCCCGACCACAGCUGGUUCGCUAUGACCCGCAAGCAGGCCGACAAGACCCAGCUACGUAUACAGCCCACUGAUCGGGACUUCUCUAUCCAGGUGAGCACGGAGCGGCGGUCCUUCACGGCGGGCGAGCCGCUGGAGCUGCGCUGCACCAUCGAUGCCCAGAGCGUGCCCGAGCGCUUCUUCUCGGUGUCGUGGGUGUUCAGCAGCUCGUCGGUUGCUGUGAUAGGGCCCAGCGCUGUGCCCGUCCUGGGACCCGACUACGUGGCGCGCGAGGCAGCCGGUCACAUGACUGUGCGCAAGGAGAGCCCUGCCGUGCACCUGCUGAAGUUGCAGCGCCUCCGACCAGAGGAUGCUGGGAAAUACAUCUGUAGAGUCAUGGAGAGGGAGAAGACACCCACCGGGGACUUUAUAGACCGGAGCAAGAGAUCACGCAACGUCCAGAUCACUGUGCAGCCCAUCAAGAGUAACAUCACAGUGUCUUUGUCCAGUAACUUGUCAGAGGUCCAGGAGGGGGACGUGGUUCAGCUGACCUGCUCCAUCCACUCCACCACGGGUCCUCUCUCUGUGGCCUGGCAGUGGAGUGAGAAGCAGGGCUCCACCCCUCCCCAGGACCUGGUCUCCGUAGACCGCGACGGGACCAUCCGACCAGGCCCUGGGUACCGUGAGCGCUCCAGCUACGGGGAGAUCCGGGUAGAGAGGGUACGAGAGGACAUCUAUACCCUGUCCCUAUACAACGCCCUGCCUGGGGAUGAGGGGCUGUACCGGUGCACGGCCACAGAGUGGGUGGAAGCCGGGACAGAGCCGGAGCAGAGCUGGGAGAAGAUAGGAGAGAAAUCAGCCACCAAGGCCAUCACUGUUAAGACCGUGGAAUCCUCCUUCGUGGUGUCGGCGUCGUCGCGGACGCCUAGCGUGACCUUUGGUGACUCGUUUGAUCUCCAGUGCCUGGUCAAGCCCCGCCAUAACCCUCGUGUGCCCGCCUCCGUCACCUGGCGCUUCAUGCCCACCGGCUCAGGCUCUGCCGGGGAGGGUGGUGAGGGUGGCACGGCGGGCGAGUUCCGAGACCUGGUGACGUUUACCCGUGAGGGCACGCUGCAGUGGGGCGAGCAACUGCUGGGCCAGGGUACCCGCACCACCGUGGACCGUUCCCAUGCCAACACCAACUUCAGGUUGUCUGUGACGCGUGCCGGGCGUAGGGAGGCGGGGACAUAUCAGUGUUCUGCCCUCCUUUGGAGGAGGAACUACGACAACACCUGGAGCAAAGUGGCCAACAGGACAUCUAACCUGCUAGGGAUCAGCGUGUUACAGCCAGUGAGUAAACUGCGGGUGCAGAACACCAACCAGUCCCUGUUCUACCUGGAGGACAGUCGCGUGCGUGUCAACUGCUCCGUGGCGUCCCAGACCAGCCAAGACUCCCAGCAUGCCGUGCUCUGGUAUGUGCGCCGCGCGGUGGGUGCCGAGGCCGAUGAACUGCUGCUGAGGAUCGAGCGCUCGGGUGCGUUUGAAUACGGCGCGUAUGCGGACGAGGAGAGGUUGAGGCGACGGGUGCAGGCUGAGAGGCUGUCGCCACGGCUCUACGCGCUGACACUGAACAGGGCGGAGAGCAGCGACUCUGGGACGUACUACUGCCUGGUGGAGGAGUGGCUCACAGACCCAGAUGGAGUCUGGUACAGACUGGCACGGGACUCCUCAGGCUUCACACAGGUCCUAGUCAGACAACCAGAGGUGCGGUUGCAGGUGGAGGAGUCUGUGUCUAACAUCACUGUGUCCCAGUCCGGUUCCAUCCGGUUGGGCUGCAGCAUCCCUUCCCAGUCCUCCCGAGACUCCCGCUUCUCAGUGUCCUGGUACGUGGAGCGCUCCUUCACGCGCUCCCUGGAGGAGGAAGAUGAGGAAGAGGCAGACAGAUUGUGUGUGUUCUCCAUUGGACACGAUGCCGUAUUCGGGAACGGGAACUGUAGCCCCACUGAGGAGGCGGGGCCUAACUCACGUCUGCAGUUUGAGAGGACAACCUCUGACCUCUACAGCCUGACCAUCCAGGGGGCACAGCCCACUGACGCAGGGCACUACUACUGUCACGUGGAGGAGUGGCUGCUCAACCCCCGCAAUGCCUGGUAUCGCCUGGCGACCAACAACUCUGGUGUCACCAUCGUCAACGUGAUCCAGCAGGUCUCUACCCUGCAGUCGGUGGUGUGCUCCAAUGACUCUCUCUUCUACUUUAUCUUCUUCUACCCGUUCCCCAUCUUCGGCAUCCUCCUCAUCGCCGUGCUCCUGGUGCGCUAUAAGAGCCGCAGCCACAGCAAGUCCCAGGAGGGCAAGAACGGCGCCCCCUUACUGUGGAUCAAAGAACCCCACCUCAGCUACUCGCCCACCUGCCUGGACCCCCCCGUCCUCAGCCUGCACCCUGGCUCAGUGGAGUAAGGGAGCAACCCAUAGCUCUCUACCACCCCGUACUCAUCGCGGACCCAACCAAUACCACGCCAGGGAGGGUCUACUCUGGACCUCCACCUGACCAAUCACUGCUGUGUCCAAGCUGUCAAUCAAUCUGUUCGUCCAUGUAUAACCCCGCCCCCCAUGGUUGCCCCGGCUGUACCGGCUGCCUGUCUGUGAGAUACUCUGCAGCAGCCCUGUCGUGUGUGUCUGUGUGUGUGGAAAAGUGUGUUUGAGCCAAAUGUGCAGCCGUGUGUGUGUUUGGAAGUGUGAUUGGAUGUAUCUCUCGCUCUCAUUUUUUUCCUUUCCCUCUUUCUCACUCUCAUCUUCUCUUCUUCCAGUGAAAAACAUAGCUAGAGGUUGUUGUUUUUUGUUACCUUCGUCUGUUUUUCAAAAGACGUGCAGAUCAGUCUGCUAGAAUGAAACAAUUUGGGAACAAGAAAAUUAUUAUUCAAGGAGCCUAUAUGGGCAUACUGUUCUGUAAUGAACUGAACUGAGGAUGUAGUGAGGAGGAUGAAAAGGAAUCUCUCUGUGCUCGUUUGACUUAGCACUGAACUCAGAUCAGUCCCUGCCUGGCCUUAUACCUUGGUUACCAUAGAGAGGGCCCUUUUCCCACUGACUCCAGAGCUGUGGACUGGACUGCCACAGAAACACUGAAACACAAAGACAAUCCCUGUGGCUUAGAAGAGAUCUGUGUGUGCGUGACAAUGUGAAAGUGUGUGUGUUCACCCACCUGUCUCCUCAGUGUGUUUGCCUUGGCAGACAGAGACAGACCUGGCGAGCCCAUCGAACAUUGCUAGACACUAGGCAUCAGUGUGAAUGCACACCUCCUCUUCUCCUCCUCUCCAAACAGAGAACGAGGGAAGGAGGGAGGGAAAGAGAGCAAGAGCGAGAAGGAAGGAUAAAUGAACUCUAUCCUGCUGAGGGCAUAUUUUUGACAUGAGGGAUAUUUCAGUGCCAAGAACUUGUUCCAGGCUGUCCUCUGCAACAAAUAUUUGAAGUUUAAAGGGCGAGCAAAGCCGAUUGGCUCCGAGGCACUCUGUAAAUAUGGCUGCCGACCCCAUGCUGGGGGAUUAUAGGCCUUGUAGGCAGAAAGGGCGAUUUUUACGCUUAUGUUAAACCCGUUGAGUAGUUUCUGCAUAAAUGUAUUGACACAGUGGGAUUUAUUGACUGAAAUGAAAUUCUCUGCCAUUUCAAACGUUGUCUGCUAUUAAUACCACAUGCCGUCUUUAAUAGACAUGAAUUAAUGAAUACAAGCUGUGCAGCUCUUAGAGAAUCCUGUAGAGGGGAGCUGAGCCACAAGACAUAUCAUCGCUAGAGGUGUGUGUAGAGGUUAAGUACUUGUAUAUUAAAACACACACACACAAAAGCAUACCCCAAAACAGUAAAUUAACAAUACCAACACACCAUGGGAAUGAAUAUCAAGUCUGCUAUUUUAUUAGGAUUUUUUUGUACCUUCAUUUAUAUAUUUUUGUUAUUUUAUACUGUUUUGCAUAGUUCAUGUACAUUUUCUUUUUUAAAUUCUACUUGCGUUGCCAGGCAACCGCACCACACAGACACAACGUCAUGAUAACCCUGUGCUGUGUGUCCAUAGUAACAGGCACCGAAAUGUCGUAGAUAUAGAAAUGCUAGAUUAAUUUGUUCUGCGCGGUCAGUGGCAUCACAUUGAAGAUUUUCAUGUUUUGGCCAGUGUGGAAACACUGUAUUAACUAAAUGCUCUAUACCUGUAUUGGAAACCCAGCAGCUUCACUAUAGGAUGUACAGUAGAUUAACAGCGAGAGUCACAAAAUGGAUCCACUUGAAGCUUUUGCUCGUCUUGUUUAUUUAUUGAAAUGUACCGUGGCACCUAGUUAGGAUGUAUGAGCUCCAUAGAAAUGCAUUAGACUGCCAUAGACGACUGGACUGAAGCCAGCCUCCCGUGGACUGUGGCUGUUUCCCCCUGACCUACAGUACAUACGGCAGAAGGGUUGGGAAUCCGUCACAUUCCCAAAGUAUGGAACGGCCGGGAGAGGAACUGUGACAUUCCUGUUCCGUAAAAUUACCCUUUCACUGCCAGACAGACUGCUGAAAGCUCUCGUCAUACUCUUCUCAAUCGUGUCAAAAUGUAUAUUGCAUGACAAUAUUGCAGGAAGCGUUUUGAUGUUUUGUAACCUUUUAACUCUUUAGCGUCGUGUUUGUGUGACCGAGCAAUGCCAAGGCCUUCACUUCCUGUGCCAAGUGUCAGACGGAUCCAUAGAAUAGGAAGUCACUUUGAACAUAAGAUUUUUGGGAGAGGGAGAAGAAUACAUCACACUUUCCUCUUUUUGGUUGUUUUUAUUAUUUUCCAUCUGCCAUUCAUAUCCUGAGAGAGCAGAAGGCCUCAUCACCUGCAUUGGUUGACAGCUAUAGAACGAUGCUUUCAAAGUGUGUAUGUGUAGGUGUUUAGCUGUAGCACCAGGCUAUGUUAGCUAGUUAGGUCAGCAGUGCGUUAUUUCCUUAUUGUUCGCUCUAGGCUAGAUCUAUGCAUCACUGAGUUAGAUGUGUUGUUUUUAGCCAGUUGAAAGGGCAGUUCAAGCCAACUGUGCAUAACCCUGGCCUGAACCCAAGACCCUAAGAUAAGAUCUGGUCCAACAUCUGACCAAUCAGAGGUGGACCCUCAUUUUUAAACUUCAACACCUUUUCAUUGGUUUUGCCACAAUUCAGUCAUAAGGAAAUCAGCCAAUCUCUGAAUAGCGUGCAGGAUCUCUGAAUCUAAACCAGGAAGUGGAGGGUGUGGCGUUGGUGUGUGAUGUCACAGUGCCACAGUGCGUGAUUUGGAGCUGUGUCGUACUCUGAACUCUGAAUGGUGUUUUUGUAGUAAUCAACAUUCCUAGACAAAAUCCUAAAUGCUCUCCAAGCGUUCCGACAGUGUUGUAGCUGCGUUACGAGGGCUGCAUGCAGUGGCUGUGUGCUGGCUCCAGAUUUAGCUGUAAAAUAACUUUGUGGUGAUGUGUUCAGUUCAGCCAGUGCUGCUUUUUUCCAGUGAUGUUAUUUUUUUAAAUGUAUGAUAAAUGAUAGUGCACUGAAAUGAAAAGGAAGGCCAUAGCUUUUUUUAAACGCUUAUUGUGUUUUUCGUGUAUAUGACAUGUUUUUGUUGAUUUUUAUUCUGAUAUAUAUUCUAUUGAAUAGUAACCACUGCUAUCAUUCAAAAGGCACUUUGCUAUUCUGUCAGUUUAUUGCAAUAAAAACAUAUUCAGUGCAACCUUAGGUAUUGCCAUUCCUCCUGA